AUGGAUCUAAAUUCAAAUAUUUAUCAAUCUAAUCACUAUAGUUUCUUUCGUUUUUUAGAGGAAGAGUAUGAUGAACGAGUCUAUAGAAACAAAGUUGGUUUAAAAUCAAAAUAUUUAUACAAAAACAUACCCAACCUAAUUUCAAUGUCUAUAGAUUCUCUCGUUACAGAUACAUGUACAUCAACAACCAUAAAUCAACAUUAUAGAUUUGAAAAUGAAUCAUCAGAAACAUCAUCAUCAGAAACAUCAUCAUCAACAACAUCAGAACCAACAUCAUCAGAAUCAACAGUAGAAGCAAGUUAUUCAAUAUUAUUACCACCGUAUGCAACUAUCAAUUCAAUGCAAGUUGAAUACAAUGAUUCUGUUAAACUAGUUGGUGUUGUGAGAGAGCGAAAUAUCGCUAAUCAGGAAUAUAACGAUGCUAUGGCAUCAGGUAUAGUUGCAUUCAUGGCAUCGCGUGAUUCCGAAGGUCAAUUUCAAGUAUUACUUGGUAACGUCAGAGUGGAUACCGAUAUCAAGAUUAGCUUUACAAUUAUAUCAGAGAUUGGAGUCUAUAAGAAUGAUCUUCAAUUCCUACUACAUAGAUAUUGGUUUCCGCUUGGCCAUUAUCCAGUAAAGAUUAACAUUCAACUAGAACUCUCAAAUCAAUUGGAAUCAUUGGAAUUACCAAACUAUCAAUAUAGUAUCAAUGAUAAUUUGAUAACAAUUGAAUCAGAAUCAGGAAUAGCAAAUAAUAUAUUACUAUUAUUAUGUUUAAAACAAGAAGUAGAAGUACCAAAUGUAUUUAUAGAAUAUAAUAAUCAAGAUCAAUCAUAUGUUGUUGCAUUAGAUUUUAAACCAAAUCACGGGCUUAUGAAUCAAUAUAAACCGAUUGAUAUUAAUCAAAAGGCAGAAUUUAUAUUUAUAAUUGAUUGUUCAUUCUCAAUGAAGAAAGAUCGUAUCAUAUUGGCAAAAAGAGUACUUCAAUUCCUAAUCAGAUCGUUACCAAUUGCUUCUAUUAGAUUUAAUAUUAUUAGAUUCGGAUCAACUUUUCAAUCUUUAUUUGAAGAUGGUUCGAAAGAGUACAACGAUCAAACUCUACAAUUGGCAACAAAAUAUAUUGAUGAUCAAGUAGAAGCAGAUCUUGGUGGUACAGAUCUCUAUCCUGUUUUAGAGUACCUCUUUUCAAAUGAAAAUCAAUCAUAUGAUCAUCAGUAUCCAAGACAAAUAUUUGUAUUGACAGAUGGUCGUAUUAAUGAUACAGAUAAACUUGUUAGUUUCGUUAGAAGUGAACGCUCUACUUCUAGAAUGUUUACAGUCGGCAUUGGAAAGUCUGCUGAUAAAGAGUUGGUUUAUGGUUUGGCAUCGGCUGGUGGUGGUGAACACAAGAUUGUCUUUGAAGAUUGGGAUAGUUUCGAAUCGAUCAUUAUGGAACUACUCGAUAGCUCUUUGAAACAGAGAAUAUCGAAUCUCACAUUGAAUUGGGGAGAGUUACUAUCGACAAUAGUGAAACAAGCACCAACUAUAAUUAGACCAAUCUAUUUAAAUGAAAGAAUGAUACUCUAUGGUAUAUUCAAUAGCGAUUCGAUAAACAAUGAAAUUAUCAAUACAAUUCAUCAGUUGGAAUUGAGAGGAACCGACCCGAUUGGAAACGAACUAUUAUUUAAAUUCAAUUUAGAUUUUAAAUCAUUAAAUAAUAAUCAUAACAAUAGUUUUAAUAGAUUAUUAUUACAUUCAAUUGGAUCAUUAAUUUAUAUAUCAAGUUUAGAAAAAGAUAUUAAUAACAAAGAAGAAAUAAUUAAUAUUGCAAAGAAAUAUAAUUUAAUAACAAAUUAUACAUCAUUAAUAGUUACAUCUGAUGUCAAUUGUGAUUCUCCUAUUACAGAGAUGAAAUCAAUUCAAUUAGUAGAUCGUAUACAUUCAUUCGCAAGUUAUUGGAGAGAUAAUAAUAGUAAUCAAAUAUCUUUUCAAUCAAAAACAAUGGAAACAAGAUCAUGUUGUAAUAUAGGAUUUGGUGGAAGUAUAAAAUCUGAAAAUUCAAUUAAACCAUUAAAUAAUAAUAAUAAUCAGAGUAAUAAUAAUGUAAUAGUAAAUUCAUCAUCAUCAUCAUUGUCUUCUUCAACUACUACUUCACCUACUUCAUUACCAUCCUCAUCUUCAAAGUCUAUGUUAUUUGCAGAGCAAUCAAAAGAAAAAGAAAGACUAUUAGAGAUUAUUAAAUUACAAAAUGCAAAUGGUUCGUGGUCUGUCGAUAAUAAACAAACCAAAGUUUAUAAUAGAUUGGAAUGUCCGUUCGAUGAAUUGAAAUGUAAUCCUGACCUAUGGUUGACAAUUCAGAUCAUUGCAAAGCUUGAAAUGGAAUUCAAAUCGAUGCAAUCACUUUACACAAACAUACAAUUGAAAUCUAUGAAAUGGAUCAAUCAACAACUUGCUACCCACUCUAACACCCAACUAACCUAUGAAUUAUUAUUAGAAAGAGUGAAAAUCGAUUUAGAAAAAUCACCUCUAUCAAACACUUUGUGA